UUUCAUACGAUUUUGGGCGAAGAACAGCGUGAGCAGCGAGCAGCGACAGUCGGAUGGCGGCGAGCUCAAGCUGACUGACUGACUGACUGCACGCACUGCACGCACUGGAGCGAUCACAUACACGGUCACGCUCAACAUUUUUCGUGGGAGGCGAGACGGCCCCGCUUGCUGUUUCCUCUCGCCUUGCCCUUUUACCCCACUCUGGACUCUGGGAGAUACAUCAGCCUAGAUGGAUACGUCGCGAAUUCGAUAAAGUCAUCCUGCUCUCGUCUUCUCGUGUCUCGUUCUGAUUUUUUGGGACUCAUCAAGGGAGCUCUUCAGGUUGGGGAGCUCGACUCGGACCUUCCCCCCCUCCCUUGCAUCUCUCACUGUAUCGCUAGGCUCUGGAUUCAGCAUGAUUGAAGCAUUAGACGGAAUGGACCUGUCGGGAGUUCCGAUCCCAUUCUUAGAGGCAUUCCCAUUCCCCGCAUUCGUCCUCGUCGUUCCUAUACCAUGGCGACAUUCGACAGAGAGACCUAGAUUUUAUUCCACAGACACAGACAUCACCGUCAGACCUGAUGACAAUAUUUCACCCUUGACCAGUCCAGAUUCACCAGGAUUAGCAUCACCUUUGGCAAUGGCAGCGACUGGUUUCAGUGGGAACAGCAGCAGUAGUCAUAGUGGUGGUAGCAGCGGCGGGAGCAGCAGCAGCAGUGGUCAUUCCUCAAGCAGCCCAUCUCUAUUUGGACCAGCUUCCGCAUUUGUCUCUGGCAUCACGACCAGUACAGUCGUCUGGAGUAAUGAGAAAUGGUUACGGAUGACAGAGGGGAGAUUGCUGAAGGAUUGUCUUGGGAGUGCAGGAUUGGACAGACUGGCAGAUUGGAUAGAGGACAAAUCACCUACAGUCCAACAACAGUUAUUCACGUUGGAAGUCUUGGAACCAGCUGUCAAAUUGGAUCUAUCGAAAACGUCAUUACCUAUCCUUCCAGCUUGUUCAACCCAUUACUUUUGCAUCGUCACUUCUCAACCUCGAUCUCAACGUCCUCAGAGCAGUUACUCCAUCACGACGUUUAGUCCUCCUCUUCCUGAGCCUUCUGUCUCUCCAAAAUCAUCACCCGUCCCGGUGGCUCGCAGGAGAUCCUCAAGAGAUUCAACUCUGCGGACCUCCUUCACGCCUCCUGAGGAGGAUUUCGUCGAACAUGAUGAAGGCGAGGAUACAUUCCCGUCCGGUGUAGUCACACCGACACCACCGCAUGAAGGAGCCACUACGCCUGUGAACGAUCAGAGGUCAGGGUCAAGUUCCAGCGGCGCAACAUCACGUCAAGUCGAAUCGAAACACCGAACGAAAACUAGGCGGCAACCUCAAGAAACCGGACCCAAUGUCCGACAGAUGGAGACCUCAGCGGAUAAAUACUGGGCUUUGGUAGACAACUACGAUUGGGCAAGUACCGCCAUUGGACCGCGAGACGGGUGGAAGGAUGUCGUGGAUCCAUUAAUAUCUGUGGCGUUCCAAAGUAAUGCCAUGGAGUGUAUUUGGUUAGGCAAGGGACUUCAGUUGAUAUACAACGAAGAGUACUCUGGUCUCGUGGAUCACCCACGAAGUUUUGGUAGACCUGCAGCCGAGGUUUGGGCAGCGAUCUGGGAUUACAUCGGACCACUGACUGAGAAGGCUAUCAAUGGACGACCGGUUCACUGUGACAAUGAUCUGCUAUUGUUCAAAAAGCAUGGACCUGGCAUUCUCAUGGAAUUCUAUUGCAGUUGGCGAUAUGUUCCGAUUGCCGGCAAGAAUGGCGAGACUUUGGGUAUAUACAAUCAAGCGCUGGAGACCACAGAUGCCGUGCUGGCCGCGAGACGGCUCAACACUGCACGAGACUUGUCGGAGCAACUACUUCUCGCUCGGACGGUCAAGGAAUACUUCAGCUUCCUCGCGGAAGUCUUGGAGACGAAUCCUAAAGAUGUUCCAUUUGGACUGUUCUACAGUGUCAAAUCUGCAGAAUUCCCACCCAAGGAUCCCAACGCCACCGCUGUCUUUGCUGAAGCUUUCCUCGAAUCCACAGUUGGCGUCCCGGAUGGUCACCCAUCAGCGCCCGCAACCAUGUCAUUUGAUAUACCGAUCAAGACUCGAUCCGCCUUUGGACCGAACGCUGACCGUCUCUCGUCACCUACCAUGUCUGCCAUCUCUGCUCUCUCGUCAGGUUCGGGGCGACGCAUCCACAUUGCCGAUGAAGCGUCAUGGCCGAUACUCAAAGCUUUAUCGACUCGACAAUGUGUACUCGUGGAGGAUUGUCGAUCCCUGAUUGAAGGAUACGAAAUUCGAGAAUGGGACGAGCUCCCCAUGUCGGCUUUGGUCGUGCCUAUCUGUAGCGAGACUGCGAUCGAGGUUCCAGGAGCGUUCAUGAUUCUCGGCCUCAAUCUACGACGACCUUUCGAUGCGGAUUACGAUUCGUGGUUACAUGAGAUUCGAACUCAAGUGGCCAGCACACUCGUCUCAGUCAAAGGGUACGAAGCGGAACAACAGCGUAUUGACGAUGCGCUCAAGAUGGAACGUGCCAAAGCCGCUUGGUUCAAAGGCGCAGCACACGAUCUUCGAAGUCCACUCACCAUGGUCCGAGGUCCCAUCGAGGAUUUGCUUGAGACGAAUCUCAGCAACAGUCAAAAGAACACUCUGCAAUUGGCGAAACGAAAUGUGGAUCGAUUACUCCGACUCGUCAACGCACUCAUGGACUUUUCACGUCUCGAAGCGGGUCGUGUUCAAGGACGAUUCGUGCCGAUUGAUCUGGGUAAAUUCGUGGCAGAUCUCGCUGCGCUGUUCAGACCAGCAUUAGAACGCAUGAAGAUCGACUACUUCAUCGAGAUUCAGUCUUACGCACAGUCUGUCUUUGUCGAUCCGACAUUGCUCGAAACGGUCCUGAGUAACCUCAUCAGUAACGCUCUCAAGUAUACUGAAAAGGGUAGCGUGACUGUGAGAUUGACAUUCGGAGACGAGGCUGAGAUCUCGGUCAUCGAUACUGGUAUUGGAAUCCCUCGCGAUGAGAUCGAGCAUAUAGCCGAAUGGUUCCAUCGCGCCAGUUCUGCCAUUCAUGCUGGAACCACUGGGACAGGUUUGGGUCUAGCCCUGGCUAGAGAGCUCUUGCGAUUGCACGGUGGCGACUUGGAGGUAUACAGUCGCAGCGCUGAAGAGAAUGCGAAUGGUGAUCACGGUUCGACGUUCAUUGCGAGAAUACCAUUAACUGGAAGGGAUGACGUGGACGGAGACGCUCAUCUUGCGGUGCCAUUCGGCAAAUACGGGAAUGAUCUGGCACAAGAAGCCAUGGCUUGGGCGCGAGAUGAUCGACAGCGUGGAGGUCCCAGUCGCUCGGAGAAUGGUUCGAGUGAAGGUGGGACAGGGAGUGAGACUCAGACUGGGUCCCAAUCUGGCUCUGGACCAUACUCGAAACUUGGUGAAGGUCUCUUUUUCGACAAGGAAGACAGUAUUCUCAUCGUGGACGACAGCGAUGAUAUUCGCGAGUACCUCAAGCGGAUAUUUUCACCAUUCUGUCAAGUCUUGGAAGCUUCCAAUGGAGAGGAGGCGCUUCAAAAGAGUCUCGCGUCGCCACCGAAUCUCAUCCUGUCAGACAUCAUGAUGCCCCGUAUGUCUGGUACGGAGCUUUUAUCAAAACUUCGAGCCAACUCCAAGACUUAUAUCCCUGUCGUUUUGCUCUCCGCCAUGGUCGGUGACGAAGCACGUGUGGACGCCUUGUUGGCAGGUGCAGACGAUUACCUCGAGAAACCGUUCAAACCCAAAGAGCUCGUCGCUCGUGCUCAUGUUCAGAUCCAGGUGGGCAAGAAGAGAAACGCUCUGGAACAAUUAUUCAUUCAACGCGAAGUGGAGAAUCGAUUCUUGAGCGAGUACUGCCCGGCAGGUAUCGUUCGAACCGACGCAUCAGGCAGAAAUACCUAUAUCAAUCAAGCUUGGCGACGUAUCGCAGGCAUGUCUGAUGAGGCUGAUCCGAGCGACUGGGAACGAUAUUGUGAACCCGAUGUUUUCCAACAGCUGGCCCGUGACUGGACGUCAUUCCUCAUGGGACGAGAAAAGGAUUUCAGAAUGACUUGGAGAUGGAAGAAUGGAAAUUACGUCUCGGCAGUCUUUGUCAAACUUGAAUUCUUGGCUCCUGGCAUGAGCGGCACUAUCGGUUGCAUGGCGGAUAUCACCUAUGAAGAACAACGCGUGGCCGAUGCGGAACAACGACGAAGAGAAGCUGAAGAAUCGAAACAUCAACAAGAGCUCUUGAUCGACCUCACAUCUCAUGAGAUCAGGACACCUGUCUCUGCCAUCUUGCAAUGCUCCAGUCUGGUCAAGGAAAAUCUAGUCGCGCUCAGAGAUCAACUUCAAUGGAGCGGUCAGAAUGGAUUCAGACCGACCAAAGAGUUGCUCGAGGAUCUCGCAGAGGAUGUCGAGGCGUUGGAGAGUAUCUAUCAAUGUGGUCUCGUUCAGGAACGCAUUGCCGGCGAUAUCCUAUCGUAUGCUAGGAUCCAGCUAGACAUGCUCAGUCUCCACGCCAUCAACACGGAUAUCAAAAAGGAAGGCCGCAAAAUUCUCACCGUCUUCUCUAGUGAAGCGCGUAUGAAGGAGAUUCAAUUGGCUCUUGACUUUGGAAAGACAUUCGAAGCGAGUCGCGUUUCAGAGAUCAAGACGGACCCGGUGAGAUUAGGUCAAAUCGUCACCAAUCUCAUAUCAAAUGCCAUCCGAUUCACUGCGACUAGCUCUAUCCGUAAAAUCACAGUCUCCUACGAUUUAUCCUUUGUGCCUCCUGCUUCAGACUCGUGCGCUGUUCCGAGGUCUACUGGUUCGCCAGACAUCACUCCGCCUCCGGAGGAUACACCGCUGUGGUUGUUCGUGUCGGUGAGGGAUACAGGUCCAGGAUUGCCGCCGAAUGAAUUGGCUCUCCUCUUUAAGCGAUUCUCGCAGGGCAAUGCGAUGGUCCACACUCGAUUCGGAGGUUCAGGACUAGGACUGUUCAUCUGUAAGAAGAUCACCGAGCUUCUUGGAGGACGUAUCGAAGUCUUGAGUACGGUCGGCGAGGGAUCGGUCUUCCGCUUCUUUAUUCAAACUCGAGCCGUUGCACCCAUCAUCGCUCCCAUCCCCGAACUCGUGACGGCUACCUCCAACUUGUCGAUUGGGUCCAAUGCCUCUUCCGCUUCCUCUGUCUCGCUAUCGCAACGAAGUACCUCAGUUUCGCCAUCUCACAGCAUGUCUCCAGCCGCUUCUGUCCUUUCCUCUUCCAGUCCUCCCCCGACCCACACACGGUCCCUUCACAUUCUUAUCGUUGAGGAUAAUAUCAUCAAUCAGACCGUGCUCAAACGUCAAAUCAUCAAAGCAGGCCUGUCGUGUGAUGUCGCCAACAACGGACUGGAAGCUCUGAAUCUGAUUCGUGAGGCAGACAGACAGGCUAAACGUGGAGGACCGAGGAAGAAAAAGCCUUAUAAUGUGAUCUUGAUGGAUCUCGAGAUGCCUGUCAUGGACGGAUUGACGGCCGUCAGAGAGAUCAGGGCUUUGGAAGCUGCGGGGACAUUGGAACGGAACAUGGUCAUGGCGUUGACUGGUAAUGCCAGACAAGGUCAGAUCGACCAAGCUCUCGCGGCGGGCAUGGAUGAUGUUGUUAUCAAACCAUACGUGUUGAAUGAUCUCUUGAGAAAGAUUGAAGCCAUGUGGGCCAAAAAGGCGGAAGCGUCGGUCCAAGGAGCAGAAGUGGGAUCGGCCUAAGUGGAGGGCAUCCAUCAUACAUGGAUGGGCCUUCUCGCCAUCGGGGGAGAUCCGGCCGAGUUGGUCUAGGCGUUUCGUCACCUCUGCUAAGCGUCCACAAUAUUCAGAUAAUCUGGGUCGCUGCUAUCUUUAUUAUUUUUUGGUAUUCGAUUCGUGUUGUACACAAAGUUCUGUUUUUUCUCGUCUGUAGCAUCUGGUCUUCGCAUGGAAGUGUGCAUUUCAACUCAUCUUG